AUCAGUUUAUAAGCGCGCUACUGAAAUGCUAAGUAGAAGUCUGCGCGUGCCGUUUCUUUUGUUGUGAUAGUGCACGAGAGCUCUCGUACACGCGCGCUCGUGAUCUACUUAACGUUCCUGAAACGCUCUCGAAUAACACACACACAUCGUUAGUAUUCAGUGAUUUUUAUUAAUUAUGUGGGAACAGCGAUUACAAACAGUACGGCGGUGAAUCACAGAAUCAUUACAGUAUUCGUAUUUAUGUUUAUUACCACGUGGGAGGUGAUUUGGAGCUGAUGGGGGACGAAAAGGAAACCUGGAAAGUUAAAACAUUAGACGAAAUCCUACAAGAGAAGAAACGCAGACGAGAGCUGGAAGAGAAGAGUGAUCCUAAACGAGUAAAGAACACGGAUGAUCGGGAAUCCAAACGGGACACUCCGGAGGAAGGAGAGCUACGAGACCACAGGAUGGAAAUAACAAUAAGGAAUUCACCCUAUACGCGGGAAGACUCGACCGAAGACAGAGGAGAGGAGGAUGAAUCUCUGGCCAUCAAACCCCCACAGCAGAUGGCAAGAAAAGACAAAUCCUACCACAGAAAAGAGGAGAAGAGGAAGGACAAGAGGAGGCACAGGAGCCAUUCUGCUGAAGAAGGUGAUACAGCAGGGAAACACAUCCGCACAAAAGACAAAGAGAAGGAGCGAGAAAACGAGAGAAGGAAAAGACCGUGGCAGGACGACACCAAAACCAGACGAGAUUACGAGCGUCAGAAACGGAGGGAUCAAGCCAGAGCUCACUCCCGCAGAGAGAGCAGGGAUCGUCUGGAGCAACUGGAGCGUCAGCGGGAAAGAGAGCGCAAGCUCCGGGAACAGCAGCAGAAAGAGCAGAGGGAACAGCGGGAGCUGAAGGAGAGGGAGAGGAGAGCAGAGGAGCGCCGCAAAGACAGAGACACCCGCAGGGACGGGCCCGUGUCUCAUCACAGAGCGGCUCCUGCUGAGGAGUUCACAGAUAAGGGUCGCUCGCGCCACCGCAGUCGCAGCCGCAGCCCUGUUCGCCCGCAGAGAGAGACGAAAGCUGAGAGCAGCGAACCACGGCGAGCAGUGCGAGAGGGGAAGAUGGAGGAUAAAGAUAUCCUGUCUGAUCUGCAGGACAUCAGUGACAGUGAGAGGAAGACCAGCACACCAGAGUCAUCACUGGGUUCUGGCUCUGGGUCUGAGGAUGAGGAAGGUGAGGAGAAUGAGGAGGAAGAGUCCAGCAGCCAGACUGAGGGAGAUGAGGAGGGCGAGUCAGGAUCAGACACUGAGGGGUCUGAACACAGCGGAGGUGUCCUGAGCGAUGAAGAACAGACAGAGGAGGAAGAAGACGACCGAGAGAAUGGAAAUCACAUUCCUCCGAUUCCAGAGUCCCGGUUUGAUCACGACUCUGAGGCGAGCGUUGAGGAAGAGGAGGCAGAGGAAGGCGAGGAGGCGGGUGACGUCACGCCACAGUCUCCCUCUCAUUCAGCCACUCCAGAAGACAACUACAUCCCCGAAUCACCUCCCAUCUCACCCGUGGAGCUGAAGAAAGAGCUGCCCAAAUACCUGCCUGCUUUACAGGGCUGUCGGAGCGUGGAGGAGUUCCAGUGUUUGAACCGCAUCGAGGAAGGCACUUACGGAGUCGUCUACAGAGCCAAAGACAAGAAGACGGAUGAAAUUGUGGCUCUGAAAAGACUGAAGAUGGAGAAAGAGAAGGAGGGCUUUCCCAUCACCUCCCUCCGAGAGAUCAACACCAUCCUGAAGGCCCAGCAUCCCAACAUCGUCACUGUCCGGGAGAUCGUCGUGGGCAGUAAUAUGGAUAAAAUCUACAUUGUGAUGAAUUAUGUUGAACAUGAUCUGAAGAGUCUCAUGGAGACCAUGAAACAGCCCUUCCUGCCCGGUGAGGUCAAAACACUGAUGAUCCAGCUGUUGAGAGGCGUCCGUCAUCUCCAUGACAACUGGAUCCUUCAUCGGGACCUGAAGACCUCCAACCUGCUGCUGAGUCACAAAGGCAUUUUAAAGAUUGGAGACUUUGGUUUGGCGAGAGAGUACGGCUCUCCGCUCAAGCCCUACACGCCUGUGGUGGUCACGCUGUGGUACAGAUCACCUGACCUGCUGCUGGGGGCAAAGGAAUACUCCACCGCCGUGGACAUGUGGUCUGUGGGCUGUAUCUUUGGAGAACUGCUCACGCAGAAACCUUUAUUCCCUGGCAAAUCCGAGAUUGAUCAAAUUAACAAAAUUUUCAAGGACCUGGGCUCCCCCAGUGAGAAGAUCUGGCCGGGAUACAGCGAACUUCCUGCAGUGAAGAAGAUGACUUUCACAGAAUAUCCCUACAACAACCUGCGCAAGCGCUUCGGAGCGCUGCUGUCCGACCAGGGCUUCGACCUCAUGAACAAGUUUCUGACGUACUGCCCUGCCAAGCGGAUCAGCGCUGACGAGGCACUCAAACACGAGUAUUUCCGGGAGACGCCGCUUCCCAUCGAGCCCUCCAUGUUCCCCACCUGGCCGGCCAAGAGCGAACAGCAGCGGGUGAAGAGAGGGACCAGCCCGCGAGCGCCGGAGGGAGGACAGUUCAGCCAGAUGGGCGAUGAUGAUCUUAAAGAUACUGGUUUCCACUUGACCAGCACUAACCAGGGCGCCUCCAAAGCCGGUCCAGGAUUCAGCCUGAAGUUCUGAGCUCAAGCAGCCAGCUGGCCUUCUCUGAACACGUCUGACAUGACGCUGAGACUCAUUUUGAGAGCAGUUCACUGAACUUCACCGACACACACAGACUCUGGGGAACCGUUUUUUUUUACAGGCGCCGAGGACCUCCGUGAAGUUCGAGUGCUUUAAAUUCCUCAUGUUCAUCUGAAAUAUAAUGUUGGUUUGUCUUUGCUUGGUUUUCUCCUUCUUUUGUCCAGUUUGAAAACAAGCAGAGCAUUUUCAGACCUCUUUUAUUUUUCUCUCCGUCUGCAAUUGUAGUUAAGGAGUAGGAUCGAAUUUUUGUGACGUCAUAUGAAUAUUAAAUAAAUCUUAAGUUUUAAAAACAUGA